GCAAAUCGUUGCUGCCACUCAUUCUGUGACUGUGCAACUAAUGCCGACACAGACAAGUUGAAGAAGGGUUUUCGUACACCAUGGAAGCUGGGAGUAUUGAUAUACAGGUACCACAUAGACAAUGUGAAAGCACAUUCAAAAAAGAUGCGAGUGUGUGCACGGGUCUGCGACCAUAUAAAUGUAACGAGUGUGACAAGUGUUUCACAACGACAGACAGCUUGAAAUCACACAUGAUGGUGAUACACAGUAGUCAAACAACUCGCCCACGUACAGAAUGUGACAAGAGACACAGGACCGCAAGUGAACCGACGACACACACCAGAGUGCAUAUCGACAGCAAACCAUUCCAGUGUGUCGUAUGUGACAAGAGUUUUAACACGAAAAACUGCCUGAACAUACACAUGAGAGUGCAUACUGGUCAACAACCAUAUCAGUGCGAGGUAUGUGGCAAGUGUUUCACCCAGUUAGGCCAUCUAAAAGUCCAUUUAAGAGUACAUACUGGGAACAAGCCAUUCCAAUGUGACGAAUGUGACAAGCGUUUCACGACAAAGGGUAACAAGAUGUCACACAUGGCGAUUCACAAUAAUCAGAAACUACACAAGUGCACAGACUGUGGCAAGCGGUACAGAACUACAAGCGAACUGAAGACACACACGAGAAUGCAUGUCGGCACGCUACCAUUCCAGUGUGUCGUUUGUGACAAACGUUUUAACAAGUCAAGCAGUCUGACCACACACAUGAGAGUGCACACAGGGGAACAACCAUACAAAUGUGAA